AUGGAGGCAACGAGAGUGAACACAACAGGAUGGGAUGGAGGCAAAGUUAUUGUCUAUCACAAGCGGAGGCAACGACGACAGGAUGGGAUUCUCGACGGCAUUAGGGUGAUGUCAUGCACGACUGAUGUAAACUAUGCUGUGAAGGUGUCUGGAAUUGAAAUUACACCAGACCCUGUUGUGCGUGCUAGGCCUGCCACCUUUAAGAUUUCAGCUGCUACUGGUGAAGCUAUUUAUGGAGGAAAGUGGGUAACUGCAGUUGCAUACUUCGGUUUUGUUGUCCUCAAAGAAAUCCAUGAUUUUUGUGAGGAAAUAUCAUGUCCUGUUGCUACUGGCAGUUUUGUGGCUGCUCACACCCAAAAAUUGCCUGCAUUUGCCCCACCAGUUAGUUUCAAUUUACCAUAUAUAAUCUUUUAGCAAUGAAACCAAUCUAUAAAUUUCACCCUAUCAUGAAAUGUAGUUUCCUUUGACAUCUAUAAAGAGCCCCUUAACACAUAAAUGAAUGUUAGCAAACACUUAAUUUUCUGUAGAGCAUUAUAUUUGAGAUAAUAUUCCGUAUUCUUUAGCAGCAACGCAUGUUCUUUGCCUCUACUCUUUUCCACAUGCAUUAAUCACUCUUUAGUGCAAAAUAUGUUAUGUUUCCUUACAUGUAUAUGUGAUUUACAUCCUGUUGAUAUAUUUA